AUGUCCGAAAACUACAUCGACCAGGCCCCGUUUCUGUCGGACAGAUUCGACGUGCACGCGUACGCGAACGCGGUACUCGCGGGUCAAGCCUACCGGCCGGAUGAUGAGCCCGUGCAGAAUGGGGAGGCAUCCACAGUCAAGGCCGGUACGGCGAGUACUGGAAGCGGUAAGGGAGAUAUAGGCAUGGAGCUGGCCAAGCUCAAUCAUGGCAUUGAGGACGUCACGAAGCACCUCAGACAAGAGAUUUCUACCUCUUACCCUCUCCUUCUAGCGCAUCUCACCGCAUCACUAGCGCUCUCAUCACAUAUCCAGCCUAUCCGAACAUCUCUCACAUCCCUUUCCUCCUCCCUCGACCGCCUAAACACAAAGAUCCAUACUCCGUACGAAACGCUUUCACUCCUCGUUCAGCGCCAAAAGCUCGUUGCGCAAGCGUCGGACCUCACUCGUCGCGCAGCCCGCUUUGUGCUCGUCGCAAAGCGGAUGGAGGGGCAGAUGGAGCGUAUGAAUGCGGCCACGGCGGAUAAGAUUGGGGAAGGGGAGAAGGAGCGGGCGUUAGCCAAGGCGGCACUGUCGGUUGCGGAGCUGGACAGCCUGCUGCAUCCGCCUCCAGCGGAAGAAGCGGGAGGGAUGGCGCACGGUCUCGAGCCGAUCCCGCUCGGACAGCUCGACUUUGUCAAGGCGUUCGCCCCCAAAGUGGACGCUGCGAGGGAUACAAUCAUCCAGGAGAUGGAGGGGAUGGUCAUCAAUGGUCUAUCGGACCUGAAUCAACCUCUUCUUUCGUCGUCGUUGCAAACUGCGCAUAAUCUUCGGCUUCUACCGGACCUGGUAUCAAAUUUGUUGGCGGACCUGAACGACGCGGUGACGCUGCGGAUAACGAGGGCGUUUGAUUCGGCAGCAAUAGGGAAAGAGCGGGUCAUCGAGGACGUCGCCAAUUGCUGUAUCAAGGUGUAUACUCUCGAGAAGGUGCUCAAGCUCAAAAAGGAUGCCGAGACGCAUGUUGAGUUCUUGGAGGUGGUGAUGAAGACCUUGGAUGAGAGGCCGAGCUUUACAUUCUGGACGACACUAGCCAAGGCGCUGGAGACCCAGACGAAGGAUGUCGCGAAAACUUCUGCAUGGCUUCAACAAGCUUUGUCAACAGGCUACCCCCGCCUGCUCCGUAUAUUCCACGACUUCUUCUCCAAGAUAGCCAUGCACACCGAGACCGUCUAUACGCGAGAUCAACAGUCACCGGAAGCGGUCCUCGUCCUGCGGUCGAUUUCCACCUUCGAAACACUCUACCUCUCGAAAUCGACCACGCGGAUGAACGAGACUGUCUCGGGCGCUCUGGCCUCUUACCUCUCCGCAAGGGGUAGUCCUCCUGGACCCGGAGCUGGUGUGACGGUCGCUCGGACGAUUACGAACGAGUUAGACUCGGCAAGAUUUGACCCGCUAUUGGUUAGAACAGUAGCGCGGAAUGCGGUCAAGGUGUUGGAAGGGAUGAUUGCGAAGGUGGACGGCAUGCUGGUGAACGAUUAUACGGCUGUAUCGCUGAUCGGUCCCAAUGCUACUCCCGCGCAGGUCAUCAACUGCCAACUCGUCGGCUUCCUGUAUCACUGCUGGUACAAUCUGCUAUUCAUCGAGACGGAAUUUCCAGCCAAAGUAUGGGAGAUUAUGUCACCAACGAUAUCUUCGAUCAAAGCGACAUACACCAAAAUCACCGACGCGCUAGACACAGCCCUCAAGCGCGAAUUCGCCAGUAUCUCCAGUCGAAUACACAAGGUCGACUUUGGCAAGCCAAUGGACCCCAUGUCGAUGGGAAGCGGCGGGGGCAGCCCGUACAUGCAGGACCUUAUCGACAAGCUCAGCUUUGUCAAGAUGGAGUUGUUGGGCAAGAUGUCGAUGGGAGAGGCGAUGCGCGCGUGGGUCCUUGCGCUCGCGGGAUACAUUAUCCGGACGUUUCUGCUUCAUGCGUCUAUCGCUCGGCCACUAGGCGAAAGCGGUAAGCUGAAGCUCACGACGGAUAUGACGGAACUGGAGGUGGGGCUGUCGAGUCUGUUGACGACGGGCCAGGUGCAGGGUCAAAGAGGCGGUAUGAAGCUGGAAAGAAUAGGCGAUGAUUACCUCGCACUGAGAGCAUUCAGGCAAAUCCUCUUCUCCCCGGUAUCGUCCCUCACCAAUGCGGUCGAGACAGUCCACCUUCCUCCGCUUAUCACAUUACACCACAUCAUCGUCCUCUCGCCUCUCCGACUGCCUCAUGAGCUUCAUGGAUGGACAGAGCAAGAGUACUUUCUUUGGGUUCAAAAGCACGCGGAUGAGAAGGAACAGUGGGAUUUGCUGGAAAAGGCGGUGGAUGACCAGAUUGACGGGACGAGUUCUGGGAAGGUGAAGGGCAAGGAGCCGGAAGAGGGUGAUGAGGAAGAAAAGAAGUUUGUGCGGAUCGUAAAGGAGGUGUUGGAGCAUGCUAGACAUAGAGAUGAGUAG